UUCAUUUGCUUGUCAACACCCGCGGACAAACGAUUUUCUGAGCUGAGUGGACUGGAAAUUGCGAGUUUGGUUUCUUUUUACUCACAAAGUACAGUCGAACUUCAAGCCAUGGCAGCACAGGACCCACGCAUUCGCAAUAUUAAAAUCAAAACCGGAGUCUUGAAACGACUGGUAAAGGAGAAGGCAAUGUACGAGAAGGAGGUGGCGGACCAGAUGACGAAGGUUGAGCAGAUGAAAGCAGGGAACCAAGACGAGUACAACAUCAAGAAACAGCAAGAAGUCUUGGAGGAGUCAAAGAUGAUGAUCCCCGACUGCACCAGGAGGAUAAAGUCGGCAUUCUCAGAGUUGAAAAAUUUGCUGGAGACCACAGAGGAACUCCAAGAAGAGGAGGAUUACAAGAAAGCGUCUGCACUAGUAGACGAAGUUAGCCCCAACAUCUCGAUGUAGGCCCACGGCAUGCUGCCGUCCUUGCGCGUCCUUGCUCUAAAUAUUUGACCAAACCGUUUUGUAUUUAUAUGUGUGUGUGUGUUUGAUUGUCGAACAGAGUGAUUUUUAUUACAGGGACAAAAACUGUUCGAUGAGGGAAGCAUUUUAAAGCGGCCUUUUUUGUUUUUGGUUCCAUCGGCAGUGAUGUAGAGAAAACUGCAGUUUCACGAUUUGGCUCUGUGUAGUUGGCAGACAUUUUUAUCAAGGAAAACUCGAGUGGGGGUUUUCUUUUAUACAGAUGCAGACUGUUGCUGAAUCUUCUUGUCAUGAUUUUCCGGUUUUUUUUUUGUUUGGUAAUAUUUUUCACAUUUGCAGCUACUGUUUUGAAAUGCAAAGUGUAUUUUGUUUUGAAAGAAAUGAAUUUAUAUUCGAAAGAUACAAAUACAUGUAUCCUAGUUCGAGCCUGAAUGUUACAGCAACUAGGAAUGCUUUAAUUUAAAAGUGCAGUUUUGACCAUGUAGAAUUCUGUCACAAUAUUCCGCUGUACGAUUAGUGUCCCGACGUAUUUGUAAUCAUUUGAUGCUAAAUUUCAUUUGGAAUAUACAUGUACCCGACUGUUUUAGUGUGUAUUACUUCAAAAAAUAUUCUUCCCACAGUACACUUCAAACAAAUUCCAUCAAACAUCAAUGUCGUCACGGGCUGCUCGUAUCUCGGUAGCAUUUAUUUCUUCGCUGAAAAGUCGCCCAAAAUCGACGAAGGCUCAUAAUGACAGGGAAGCAGUGAAGUAACUUCCUCACUCUGGCUUUCUAAUGCGAGGGCUGAUUUUUUUUUUUUUAAAUGAGACGAAAAAUUCAGCGUGCUCGUGUUGGCUGGUAGAGGCUGCUAGAAGUCCCACUGAAGAACCGAAAGGGCGCCCUCUUUUUGAAAUCGACACGGCGGUGGAUUACGAGUGAAGGCCUUCGGUCGCAGCCGUCUUCGUACAGAGGGCGCUCUUUGGGGGCUUAUAUUUGUAGAUGUUAGACGUGAUUUCUUAGAGCUGUCGUUGGGUAAACUUUGUUUAAAUAACAAGGGCCAUAACCAGUCGUCCCGUUUUGCGCAAGGUGUAACGAUGGAGGCAGCAAACUACCCACUAUGCUUUGCUUCCAGGAAGAACAGAGAGAAACUUGAGUCCACACUGGUGACUGUAAAGUGGGAGCGAGCGUCCGUGUGUAAUGUGUCUGCAUAGAUAAUGGCAUUGAAGCUACCCCACAGCACCCAUCGAGGGUGUCCUUAACGCCACAUCCCGGUAUGGUCGGUUGCCCAUCGCCCUUGGAUUUGGCGUGUUGUGCGGUCAAAGAGCUGGCCGUGGUAUCGCUGACGUAGCUCGACUGCGUGCUAAGAUGAUGGCUUGUUUAUGAUCGCGCAGUUUAUCUGUGCCUGCCUUAAUGCAUCUACUCUCUGUGUUAUUUUGAAUUGUGCAAGUGUAUUUUUAAGUCCUUUCCAAAAUCGAAUGCUGAACUGUGAAAUCGUCUGUGCAUGUGCGAUUAUACGAUUGCUGUGGGUAAUAAACUACUUCGGAAUCAG